GAGACUUUGAUCGGAAACCGGCCAAUCAGAGGCGGGGAAAUAUCCGCCGCCCAUUGGCCGAUUGAUCCACGGGGGGACCGCCUUUUCGUGCCCGACGCGGCGAUUGGUCGAGACCGACGCUGCCCGCGGAGAGCGCGGUUAGAAAUGUUCAAAACUGAUUGGAUUGGCCCUCUGAAUCAACCUCCGCAAGGAUUGUUCUUCCAGUGCUGUCCUGGGAUAGCCAUUGGUCACACUGUUGCAGCGCCUUCGUCCUUUUUACAAGUCCGACUUCUGCUAUAGGCUCGUUUCGCCCGGCAAGAGGGAAACGUCAGACGCAUCGCAACACAUCCUCCUACACGAUUCGUCCCUAAAACGCCCAGGCGCGAAUUGUAACGCGGGAAAAGUUUUAGGAGGUCGAGUUGCUUUUUUGUGAUUAGUCUUCCGUGCGGAGCUCCUGGGCUGAUUCACACGGAGGCAUUACUUUGUGUUUGCGCAAGACUCGAAAUAGCGGGGCUGUUGGUUUUUUUUGAGGGGGAAAUGCUGGAAAUCUUCAAGCCUGAUUAGGAAAUCGGAGUUUUCUGGUCACCGUCCUUUCUUCCUGCAAAGCAAAAGAAUAUUUUAAUUGAAUCGUCUGCUCAGACCGUUGUCUUGGAUUUUGUACUUCCUACAAAGGUUUCCCCAUUCCUAAUUGGAGUAAAGCAUUUAGAUUGCAGUAUUUUAACGUUUCUUUUUCUAUCUUUUAACCAUGGCUGAAAGCAAACAGCCCCCAGUGAUUUUCUGCAACGAUUCUCCGAAAAGGGUGCUGGUGUCCGUGAUUAAAACUACUCCGAUUAAACCCAAGAAGAUGGAAUCUCUGAUGCCGACGAGCCCGGGAUUCAGUGAUUUCAUGGUGUACCCGUGGAGGUGGGGAGAAAACGCCCAUAAUGUCACGCUGAGCCCCGGACCCGUGAAUGGAGCCGCCUCCCCUACAGGGAGCAACACGGGCGGCGAGGGGGACCCCGCUGCGAGCCCCGAGCAUCUGCGGGACGGGAUCAGACGCGGCCGCCCGAGAGCGGACACCGUCCGAGAGCUCAUCAACGAAGGCGAGAACUCCUCCAGCCGCAUCCGCUGCAACAUCUGCAACCGCGUCUUCCCGCGGGAGAAGUCGCUGCAGGCGCACAAGAGGACGCACACUGGAGAGAGGCCUUACCUGUGCGAUUUCCCAGACUGUGGCAAGGCCUUCGUCCAGAGCGGCCAACUGAAGACGCACCAGCGCCUGCAUACGGGAGAGAAACCCUUCGUCUGCUCGGAGAAGGGCUGCGGGAGUCGCUUCACCCAUGCCAACCGGCACUGCACCAAGCACCCUUACGCCAGGCUGAAGCGAGAGGAGCCCACUGGGGGGCAGGGCAAGUCCCAGGCUGCCGAUAACAAGGCUGUGGCUGAGUGGCUGGCCAAGUACUGGCAGACCCGGGAACAGCGCGCCCCCCUGCCCUCCAAGGGCAAGGGCCCGCCGAAGGAGGAGCGCGACCAGGAGCAGCAGGACCCGCUGGAGUACCUGCAGUCCGAGGACGAGGACGACGACGAGCGGGAGGCGGAGGCGGAGGAGGAGAAGGGCGGCAGCGGGGCGGCGCGGCGCCGCCUGCAGGAGCAGAGGGAGCGCCUUCAUGGGGCCCUGGCGCUCAUCGAGCUGGCCAACCUGUCGUCCCAGCUCCGCCCGUAGACGGUGCAGGCGGCCCGCACCGCCCCCCCCCCCCCCCCCAUCGCCCUCCCGCCGUUAGCUCGUGGGUUCGGCACUAGCUAAAGCACCUUACUGCUUACUUUUUAGGCUGCUAUUAUGUAGAUUUUUAUAUAAUAUGAAGAAUGUUGUUUCUGGUCUUUCAAAGAUCGGAGGCAAAGGUUUUUUUGCACUUUUUGUUUUCGUUUUGGUAACGAGUUUUCAAAGUGGAAUAUAUUGUAAAUAUGUGGGUUUAGUAGUGGCGGACUGCGCAAUACAGGGUGCGUACGCGUCGGCAGGUGUGAACUGUAGGCUAGGCCACGGCUGUUGCAAGCCUAAUUCGAGGCGCCCGCGGGGGGCUCGUCUCCGAGCACCGGGUGCGGUCGGAGAUCUGCUAGUGACCACGGGGCUCCCACGUGGCGGGUUUGGACUUUCCGUGUUCGGUUCCCAGCGGUCGUUGGGAUGCCUUUAAGUGUUAGUGAAAUUAUCUUUUAAAUUAAAAGACAGACCAGCCUGACAUCCCAAACCAGGACCUUGGUGUCCCAGCCGAGUCAGAAGGAAGAACAAUGUUUUUCUGCUCACAUUUAAGCCAUAAUUCCUAAUCGGUCCUGUCGGUGCAUAGCGGCAUCUAUAACCCUUAUUUAUUGCUUGAUGUUUGCUGUGUGAUCACAGGAGUCCUCCACUUAACCUGUAUUUUGUGAGGUAACCUCGUCCUCAGUUGACUGUUGGAAAUGCCAUUGCUGGACAGUACUCUAUUACCUGGAGACAAGUGUUCCAGAAAUUGAAGAGCUAGGGCUUAUUCAGGCUGUCCCUAAGGCGGUUCCUGGAAGUUAGCUCACUCUUGUAUUUGUCUGGAAACUUGUAUAAUGUACUGUCAGCAAUCUGACUCCCCAAAUGAGCACUUAAGCCUCAGGCGCAGUUCUAAAUCCAAAGUAACUUGGAGUCAGUACCUGGCACUCCAUUGAAUCCUUUAUUCCAGCACUGAACACCUUCAGGCUCGUGAAGGAGAAGGGGAACCUCUUUGGCUGAAACACAAGCACCUUUACUUGUAAUUUGGAUGUUAAUUGUUGCAAGAACCUGUAUAUUUCUAAUUUAUUUAAAAAAAAAACCUAACCAUUUAUGUUAAAUGACCUUUUUUCAAAUUUUAAUGUUUUAGAAUCAUAGAACUUAAACUAAGAUAAAUAUAAAUUAUUUUGUAAAAAAAAAUGUUUAUGGUUUAAUGAACCUUCCUUGUGUUAAUCAGGUUUUCUGAGCACCUUAAUAAUCCUUUUAAUAAUUUUCCUUUCUGUAGUGUAAAUUAGUAGUCUGUUAUUCGUUUUUGGAAUCUGUUUUUAAUUUUUUUUUUUUUGACGGAUCAUAAUUUGAAAAUUGUGAAGACAGAAGGUUGGAUAAAAUGAACCCUUUGCCUCGGCUUAAUCAGCAGCAGUAACAUUGAUAGAAACGUGAAAAUGAUCCAAAGAUUGUUACAUAGUGGGUUAUGCUGCAUCCAUUACCACCUGCACAAAAUCUUUGCACCUCAGUGUAAAGAGCACAUUUGUGUCAGUGGUUGAAAGCUAGAAGAUGGUGUUCUGAAGCACUUGCCUUCACUAGCACUUUGUUACAAGUCCUGUUUGUCUGCUCUGUUAGACACUCAACAGGCAAUAGAAAUAUUCUCAUCAGUAUUUGUCCAAGAAAUUAGGCUUGCAAAGUCGUCAGGCUAUAGGAUGAAGGUAUCGGUAUGAACCCUGUAAUGAGAAUGGCACUUGUUUAUAUUGUUAAUAAUAAAAGGUAUAAUUUGGUGGUGGUGUUUAGUUGUCAGAAAGAUAGAACUUUUGUUUUGCAACACUAAAUAGUCUAUUGCUUUGUAGAGUGUAUUUAAAAAUGUCUAGGCUUUUAUAUGUAUUCGAUAAAGCUACAGCUUUUUGUUGCAAUAUUUGAAUUGCCUUUCUUAAUAUAUUGCUAAGAGUGUUUGCUUUACUGUCUUCUGACUUGCAUUGAGAACAUGGCACUGAUUUGGCAGUUUUGUUUUUUGGCUUCAUUUUCUAAAUUUGAAAAUAACCUUUUUAACCAUAGUAUGUUUUUUGGGGGGGUUUGUGUUGGUAUCAAAAUGUAAACUGGAAGGGAGGUUCUUUUAUCUCUGCCAUAGAAAGACUCUACCCGCGUCUGAAAUAUUAAAAAAAUUAUUAUUAUAUCCUUGGUAAAACCAAGGUCAGGUCAGUUCUGGCUGGUUCUGACUAUUUGCAAUCUAAUUGGGCCUUUUAAAGGUUUUACCUCCUUUUCAGAACCUAACAAUUGGACUACUUUGUUUAUUGAUUUGCAUCCACACAUUAAGAAAUGCCUACUGGAGUGUAACACACUAAUUGGAAAGCCUUUGCUGUAGGAUGAUAGGUAUUAGACCUCUGAUCCUGUAUUGAGUUUAGAGCAAUGGAAACCUCUUGAGUAAAAAAGCAGUUGGAAGUUGCAGAACUAGAGCUAUAUAUAUAUAUUAAUUUUAAAUAGAGCUUGUUUCAUAGACUCUUAACAAAGAUGAGGAACCUAAGCAGUUCCGAUUGUACUGAAGUGAAGUUUUCUUCCUCCUGUCUUUUCCAGAACUUCUUUUAUCCUUCAGGUUUAGCUUUUUGGUGUGUGCCUUUGUACACAUUCCAGGUGGCCUAUUGAGAUUGAUGUACAAUUUCUGGGGCAGAACAGAGCCUCUAACACUUUGCUUUUACUAAACAAUACAAUACCAUAGUUGAAGCUGCUGUGCAAAAAAAAACCAACCAAAACAUUUAAUAAUCAAAAAUAGUAGUUGCUUUACUGGUCUUUCACUUUUUCUGCUGUACCCAAAGUUGAAAAGACUGAGACGUUUACUGCCCUCAAUGUUGAGAUUUUGGGUUUCACUUCAAUACCCCGCUACUAGUUUUUGUUAAUGCUGUUCUGCAAAAUGCAGCACAAUCAGUUGACAAUCGGGACAGUUAUAGUUUGAGUCUCAAUCAAAUCUAGAUCAAUGAGAGCCUAGUGUCUUUAUCUUUACCAAAGAACUGCAAAUACACACCAGCAUUGCAGGACUGUGAUUGUGUAGCCACGCACUAAUGGGGUUACAAAAAAUUAAAAACAAGGGCUUCCAACUUCCUUAUCUUAUCUUCUGGAUCAGGUUCCAAAAUGAGUGUUUACUUCACUAACCUAUUUUCCUUAUGAAUGUAGGAUUUGUUUUAAGGUCUUAUAAAUGUUAUUAAAAUUCACUUAUUUAAAUGUAAGGUUACCUGCAAAAACAUUGGGAUCCAAUAAGAAGUAUUACAGUCAUCUAGUUAAAUACAUUGGACAAACUGUUGAUUUGGGGUGGAAACAGAAGAUACUAGGCCCACCAAAAACUAAGUGAGACUUUUCCAAUAAACCAUAAGUGUCCUGAUUUAAGAUUUUCAAAAGAUUUAAUGUCCGUUUUCCCCCUCCAUAUGGAGUACUUUAAAAGAUUGUGGGAAAACCUUUAAUUAGCCCCCUGAAAUUCCUUAAUCCAGGAAUUUUUUACAUGUUCUGAUUAAAUGCGAAGCCUGGUUAAAUCUAGCUCAGUCUUUUGAUUGUAUUAAUGCAUAUUUAUCAAUUAUUUAGCAAAGUUUGAAGGGUAUAAAAAGGGAAUCUUGUAUAUCAAAUUUUUAAAGAAGUUAUAUAAGUUCUGCACAGAAAUGGCCAAAAGCAACCUUUUUUUGUAUAGAGUUUAAUCACACUUUGUCUGUAUGGUUUUCCAGGUAGGGUGUUCUUGAAACAUGGAUUUUGCCAGCGUUGAUGCAGGGUUCUCCACUUAGCUAACUGCACUGUUUGUCUGCCAUGAAGCAUCUGGGCUAAAUUUGACCAAAAUGUAUCAAGAAAGCAACUCAAUCAUGGCAAGGUUGAGCAAAAUGUUUUCUUUUCUUUUCCAGUCGGUUUAUUUUCAACAUUUUAACAUGCAGUAGCAUUUGAAUCUGAUUUGCAAAGUAUUAUGUACAAAACCUUGUACAUGAGUUAAUUGGAUGGGAUUAUUUUGUUAAUGCUUCUGAGAAUGGUUUCCCUUCUUGUUAUUUCUCCUUUCCUCAUCUUAGAGGAAAGGUUAAGAUAUGAAAACAUUUAGUAGUUCUCACAUGUAGCUAUUCCUGGGUACUUACUCUUAUUGUGGUACUGUAUUUCAUUUUUCCAGUAAUAGUUAAUAAUUUCUACCUUAUCUGGGUUCUUAUAGAAAGCUGUUAUUGAACACCAUUCUCUGUCCAUUCCUUUUUCCUUGUUAUUAAAGCAAUUGUGGAGGACCCUGUAUUGUUUAUCACAUUCAGAAUUAAUAUUAAUAUUAAUGUUCACUUUUCUGCUGAGGAUGCGAGGUCUGUAAUUUUUGAUAAUGCUUCAGUGAUAUCCGUCUCCACAGACUUGUAUGUAUGAGCGCUGACUUUUUUAAAUGUGGAGUAAGUCACACGAUGAGAACAAGUGGAGGUUUAUUUUAAACUGCUGUGGUUUUCAUGAGGUGACCGUAUCCACCAUUCCACUGCCAUUGUUCAGACGCCCAUGAUGCCUCAGAUGUCAUGCGUUUUGUGUUGCGCAAAAAAGUGGCUGUAAUUUAUAUUUAGUGCUUUAAAUAAAAAUGAAAAAUGA